CGGAAAUUCUUAUUCAAAUUGGAUGUUAUCCUCAUUUCUCUCCUCUCACUUGGCUUUUUUUGCGAAACACUUGAUGCUUCAAACGUCACGAACGCAUAUGUCAGUGGAAUGCGAGAAGAACUGGGCUUCCAAGGCAAUCAGUACAAUACAAUGCUAACGACAAGGUUAAUUGGCUACGCUAUAGGUCAAAUUCCAAGUAACCUCAUACUUACGAGACUUUCACCUCGUUAUUGGCUACCGUUUUGCGAGGUUAUGUUUUCCGUAUUUACGUUUGCUUGUUGUGCAGUCAAAAGUCCAACUGAUAUCUCGAUCAUUCGCUUCUUUGUGGGUUUAUUUCAAAGCUCUUUUUAUCCAGGGGCUCUAUUUGUCGUUGGUAAUUUUUAUCGCAAAGACGAACUGGCGAAGCGAGGUGUUUUAUUCAUUAGUAUGGCAGGCUCUGGACAAAUUUUUAGUGGCAUCCUCCAAAGUGCAGCGUAUACGAACCUUGAUGGUGUUAUGAAGCGUAGCGGAUGGCGAUGGAUGUUUAUCAUAGAUGGCAUAAUAUCCCUACCAAUUGCGAUGGCCGGAUUUCUUCUAUAUCCUAGUUUUCCAGAUAAAAUCAAACCUGGUAAGAUCUGGUCUGCAUAUGAUAUUGCUAUUAUGCGAAAACGCAUGGAAUUGGAGGACCGCAAAAGUGCUGCAAAGUUCACAAAGAGCCACCUUGUAAAAAUAUUUGGAAACUGGAAGGUAUGGAUACUUCCCUGGCUCAUGAUAUUUUUCUCCAACACGCAAGAUUUUCUUCAAGUGUAUACAUUCUGGCUUUCCAAUGCUAAAAAUGAGGAUGGUACCAGCAAAUACACCGUGCCACAGAUCAAUUUGUAUCCCAAUGGUCAAGUCGCCAUUUUUAUCGUCUGGAGUUGGGUAAUUGGCUGGUUGUCUGAUGGAGCAUUCAAAGGCAAUCGUUGGAUACCAAUAGUGUUUACUUCGUCGUUCGCCGUGAUCGUCGCAAUUGUGCAGGCUGCACUGCCAACGUAUAGCACCAACGAAAGCGUCCGGAUCGCGUUUUACUAUCUUGUGGGCAUCGGUAUUAGUCAGGGCGGCUUGAUGCAAGCGUGGAUAAAUGAACUGUGUUCGGAAAGUAACGAGGAAAGAGCGAUAAUUCUUGCAUUUGGUAAUGAUUUUGCGACUGUUUUCCAAGCUUGGGUGCCUUUGCUGCUGUGGAAGCAAACGGAAAUGCCAAGAGCAUUCAAAGGGACUGUCUACACAGCCUGUCUUUAUGCCGCUAUUAUCAUUACGGUCUUAAUUACAUUAGCGUUCAUCUAUAAGGAUAAAAAUAAAAAUAAAAAUGAAACGACAACUUCUGAUGAGGAGAUCAACGCAAAUGAUAGCAGCUCAAAGAUUAUUGAAGGUACUUAG